UCCCAGAUCUUGCCUCUAUUUUAUGUGACCCUUCACUCAAUAUUUGGGUACAGGAAAGCUUUAUAUUUGCCCGACAGAAGGUGACUUCUACAACAGUGGGUUAUCAUUUCUGGUGAGUAUACAUAAUGCCCAGUAAGACGGAUAUCGCCCUAGGUACGGCCGCGGGGGUCACGGGUGCCGCCCUGGUAGCAUGGAGGGCACUAUUCCCCUACCUCGGGGACGACAUAAGGACAUACGGACCAAUGAUUAAAACAACGGUGAAAAUCAUGAAAGGACUGAAAGCCGCCGAAUAUUUGGUCGAUGUGUUCGAGAGGCAGGUAGCCAAGGACCCUAAAAAGACUUUCUUGAUUUUCGAGGACAAGUCCUAUAGCUUUGAGUUUGUCAACGAAAUGGCGAAUAAAGUCGCUAGUAUUGCCAUGACGUGGAACCUAGAUUUGAACGACACUGUAGCGACUGUCAUCUACAACGAGCCCGCCUUCGUGUGGACUUUCCUGGGUCUACAGAAAGUAGGACUUGCGGAUGCCUUCAUAAACUACCAUCUAACAGCCAAACCUUUGCUGCACUCUCUUAAGGUCAGCGAGGCAAAGGUCAUUAUCGUAGGAGAGGGUGAUGAACUGCUCGAGUCGAUAUUGGCCAUAAAAGAUGGAUUACACGACACACCGAUUUAUGUCCAAGGAAAGUCAAAUUCUGAACUCCCUCCUGGCUUCUUGUCCAUGGAGGAUAGGAUGACAUGUACAAUCCCUGCUAAUAUAUGUAAAUCACUACGGUCAAAUGUCACAGAUACGUCCCCAAUGUGCUUUAUAUACACAUCUGGAACAACAGGACUUCCGAAACCCGCCAUUAUCAACCAAGCCAAGGGGAUAGCUACGUCUAAGAUGUACAGCUUGUUUGACUAUAAUGAGAAGGACGUGGUGUAUGUGGUGACCCCACUCUAUCACAGCGCCGCAGCCACAAACUGUUUCUUCAACUCCAUAGACACAGGUGCUACGAUGGUGAUACGUAAGAAGUUUUCGGCCUCACAUUUCUGGGAGGACGUGAGAAAACAUAACGUCACUGUGAUACAAUACAUCGGGGAACUGCUCAGAUACAUUGUUGCUGUGCCGAAGUCACCACUAGAUGGCGUUCAUAACGUCCGUGUUGCCUAUGGGAAUGGCCUCCGACCCGAUAUCUGGAAAGAGUUCCAAAGUCGAUUCAAAAUUCCUUGGAUAAUGGAGAUGUUUGGUGCCACUGAGGGGACGGCCGCCAUUGUGAAUACGACCAAUAAACUUGGAGCUAUAGGGAGGUUGUCGCCUUUGGCAAACGUCAUGGCCGCUGUAGGGUUCCCCAUGGUACGAUUAAUCAAGUAUGAUCUCAUAGAGGACGCCCCUGUUCGAGACAAAGAUGGAAGAUGUGUUACAAUUAGACCUGGUGAACAAGGGCUGUUCAUUUCACCAAUACCGGACACACACACUGGUUUCUACAAAGGACCAAAAGAAAUGGACGAGAAGAAGAUACUGAGGGACGUAUUCGUGAAGGGUGAUUUCUACUUCAGCUUCGGAGACCUUGUGUUCCUCGACAGAGAUUAUUACAUCUAUUUCCGGGACCGAGUGGGGGACACGUUUAGGUGGAAGGGGGAGAACGUAUCGACACGGGAAGUGUGUGAUGCCCUCAGUACGAUAGAUUUUAUCCACGACGUUAACGUGUACGGGGUGCAUGUACCAGGUACUGAAGGGCGAGCUGGAAUGGCGGCAAUUGCGUUGAAUGAUAGAGACGCUGACGUCACUUCCGACAUGCUCAGAGCGAUCUUCCAGAAAUGUCACCAGGAACUGCCUUCGUACGCACGACCUGUAUUCUUGAGAUUCCAAAGAGAUUUUAUUGUGACCCAGACAAUGAAACAUAGGAAAGUGGAACUCGUGCAUGAUGGAUUUGACCCCUCAAAGGUCACUGACCCUUUAUAUUUCAUUGAUAACAAAAACAAAACCUAUUCCAGUUUGACAACAUCAGUGGCAGGACAGCUCCCACUUUCCAAACUAUGAACGAAUCACAUGACAGUAGUCAGAUACUCAGGCUCUCAUGGAACUCUUAUAACAUAUAAAAUCAGUUCUUUUUCAUUUUAAAUCAAAGUGAGUUGAUUCAUACUAAAGACAAUAACACUCGCUGCGGUUUCAGAGGGAAGAUGUCUCGGUAUUAUCUGAGGUAUGGCCUUGAAACGUUCUUACUUUCAUACGAUGAAUCUGUAUCCAAUAGGAGAACAGAUUUGGAGAGACAAGUCUAAGAAUCAAUACAUUCCUAUACAUGAUCAGAAUUGUAGUUUUAGUAAUAUCAUACACGUUGCUGUGCAUUUGGUCCUAAACUGAUCUACUUAUGAUUAAUGGAAUUAAAGUUUCAACGACAGAUUGCGCGUUAUAUUUGCAGUGAAUCAAUUGGGAUUGACAGUACAUUGUUUUGAAAUGAUUGUGUGCUUAUUGUGAAUGAUAAAUGGUAAAUAAAUUUGUGUUAUGGUAUCAUAAUGUCAGUUUCCG